AUGGUUGGGAAGCAGCCGUCAACUUUGCUCUGCCCUCAGGAACGAGUCUUCGAUUCAGACGGCAAUUUCCUCAGGGAAGAGUGGGAGGACUACGACGGCAAAGAAGAUUUGUGUCAAAUCGGCAUGUCGAGUCCACUCUUCUACUUCACCGUAGUCUUUCUUUGGGUUCUGCUGAUCGUUCGCGAGCUGCGAACGACAGAACGACUGGCUCGGGACAUUUGGAGCAUGCCCUCCUGCAGAACGAGCGCUGCAAUGACCGGCGAGGACUCUGACCACCACGUCGUGCAGGUCGUCGCCCUUACUCCUUGCGUGCGAACGCUGAUCUACUUCAUGGUCAUCCUGCCUAAGCUGGUCAUUUGCUGCACCUUGAUGUACUUGGGAUGCCAAUGGCUCACGGCAACCAACUCCUUCGCAGACCUAGUGAUGAACAGCAUCGCCAUGGAGUUUGUCGCUGCCCCUGUUUUGAGAACGUAUCUGAGGAUGUUUCGUUGCUUCAAUGCAGCAGGCUUGCAUAUGAGUCACAUGAGUCAUUGA